UUAGAGUUUACCAACACUAGGCCAAAGAAACUCGUGGUGCGAUUUUGUGUUUGUUGCACCGAUUUGUAUUUCCAUUCGAUGUGUGAAAUUGCAUUUCAGCUGGAAAAGGAUCUAAUAAAACACGGAGAGGAUGUCAAUGCGGCGCCAGCGCUUCAAGGCUAUGGCCAAUCUUUCGCACAUCAAGCGUAAGGCGCGUAAGGAAGAUCUGGUGCCAAAGGAAGAGCCAGAGGAGCAGGCAAUGUCAAUUGGGGCAGACGUUGAAGAAGAAGCUAUUGCGGCCACCGGGGAGCUGGACGAUGCUGAUGCAAUGGCUUUCAAAAUGCCCGUCAGCUCGGCUGGGCAACUGGAGGAGGUGAUUCACUCUGAGAUCGAGGAUAAUGUGAUACAAAUGGAUUUGCAGAAAACCGCCAAUGGAUUUCCCAUGUCCCCGAGCAAGACUCAGGCACGCCAACGUGUGCGUCCGACCCCUGUGUUUGGACAGCGAAGGAAUAGUUUCGUUGGUUCGCCCAUGGCCGGCGACUACGAUGGGGAGUAUCAAUCUCCGGCAACGCCCACACGCAGGGAGCGCUAUCUCAGCGGCUCGUCGAUGGGCACGCCGCAGCAGGUCGCCUCGCCCAUGCCACCGUCUCCGUACAAAUAUUUUCCACCUGUAAUGAGUCCUGGAAUGGGACGCAUACGCACGGAAUCCACUUGUUCCGCUUACUCGGAAGGCGGCGGAAAGCAGCGCAAGGGCGACGAUAAGAGCCAGGCCAUGCAGGCGGGACAGCGAGUGAACGCUCGCAGAGACUUCGAGACGCGCUUCAACAACGGUAUUCCAGACAAAUCCACUUUCAAAAUGUUCGACAUGAUUUUCUACAAUCCCCUAAACAAUCCCAUGGAACAAAAGCCCUUGGUAACCACAAUCAAAGCCGAGUCCAGUGCCGAGGAAACGAAGCCCACUCCAGAUCAGCUGAUAGACGCCAAAGAAGAGGCCACAUCAGCCAUGCCCGUUCCCCAAUUAAAACUCGACGCCAACGGGGAGAUGAUCAUUGAUGAAAAGACCCUGGAGAUCGAAACCACAGCUGAGGUGGAAGCCCGCAAGGUGCUCGCCAACUCCUCGCUAAUUCUCAUGGAUGAGACUACUGGGGACAAUGGAUUUUACAAGCGUCACAGGCGCACGCCGUACUGGUCGGCCGAGGAGACAGUACGCUUCUACCGCAGCCUGCAGAUUAUCGGCACAGACUUCUCGCUGAUGUGCCAAAUGUUUCCGCAGCGCACGCGGCGUGAUCUCAAGCUCAAGUACAAGAGGGAGGAGCGCACCAAUAGCCAGCUGAUCAACAAGGCUCUGCUCUAUCCCAAAGCCUUUAACAUACAGGAGCUAAAGGAUCAGCUGGAGCAGGAGGAUCGCGAUCGUGUGGAAAAAGAGCGCCAGUGGCAUGAUAUUAUGUCUGUUCAGGCUGGGAACACCAAGAAGCGUACAAAAUCGCUGGGAAGCAAAGCAGCGCGAAGCUUGAGUGAUGGAGAUACGGUCUAUGAAAAUGAGCAUGUGACUAAAAAGAUGUUUGGCAAGCACGCCUGGGCCAAGAGAUGCAAGGCUUUGGAGGCGGAUGAGAAUGAAGGAGUCGGUGUCGGUACGGCCAAGCGAAAGCCACGGCAACGCGUCUCAAAGAAGAAACAAAUGGAGGAUCAGGCGUCACUGAAAUCGAUUAAGGAAGAAGCAGUUAUCAAAACAGAACAAACUGGAUGUAAUAAUGUGAAUAGGGGAGAGCUGGAGGAGCAGGAGGAUUUAAAUGCGCUUUUAUCAGACGAUCAAGAGUAUAUAGUAGAUAUAAGUAAGUCACGUGAUAAAACCAUCAUUAAUAUGGACGAUGGUACCCUAAGCUAUGUCAGCGACGUUGAGCCUGCAACUGAUGGGCCAACGGGACAACCAACAGAGGCAUUUAUAAUUGAUUUCAUUGCCGAUCAAACAUUACCUUUACAAACAACAGUAAGCACUGACGAGCCAGUCGCGUCGCCUGCCACCGAACAUGGCAUAGAACAAAUCCUUUCCGAGCUGGCAGAAGGAUCAUUGGUCCUUGUGUCGUCCCUGGAUCCAGAGAACGAGGAUCGAGUCGUCAAUGAAAUUUACAUGUACGACAAAAAGACGGGCGACUUGUGCGAGAGCCCACUGAAUAUACCCGAUCAUAUUGUUCAGUGCAUCAUGAAUGUUAUGCAGCUAGAAGAUUAAGAUGCAUUUUGUAUAUAUAUUUGGACACCUACUUUUAAUUUAAUUGCUUAUGAAUAAUUUAUUAAAUAUUUUUGUU